GAAAAUUGAUAAAUAUGUAUGUGUUGACAUUGAAAAUUGAUGAAUAGUUAAAUUAUGAUAUUUUAGCAAAUGCGACAACGUUUGUUGUCUAUUUCUUAUCGACUGUUUUGUACUUAUUUCACUGCACUCGUGUAGUACCAAAACAAGCAUGGCCACAACUGGCAGAAAACGUACACGAGGAGUAAUAGAAGAGGCUAAGGAAGACCCUGUAGACUUGUUCAAAGAUGUACCAGUUUCGAACAGCGAUAAUGACACUGAUUCUGAGGAGAGUGUGUACUCUGGUCUUGAAGAAGAGCCAGACACUGAGUCUGACAAUGAGGAUGAAGACAGUGACAGGAACUCUAAUUCAUCAUCAUAUGAUGAUGAAGCUAGUAAUUUACCAAUAGAGGAAGGAUCAAGUGAUGCUGACAAUGAUGAUGAUACUUUGGAGAAAGCCAUAGACAUAAAAUCUCAUACCAAACCUAGACCUUCCAGGACAGCACAGGGAAUGGAGACAAAGCUGUCCACUCCACAAAAAGACGAAUAUGAAAGUGACUCUUCUGAUGAGGAGGAUAUCAGGAACACCAUAGGAAAUGUGCCACUGGAGUGGUACAAUGAUUAUGACCAUCUUGGUUAUGAUGUAGAAGGCAGGAAAAUUGCCAAACCAAAGAAAGCAGAUGAAUUGGAUCAGUUCCUUAACAAAAUGGACAACCCUAAUUACUGGAGAACUGUUACCAAUAAGAUGACUGGACAGAAUGUGGUGCUUAGUGAGGAAGACCUGAAGAUCAUAAAGAGGCUACAGAAGGGGAAGCACCCCAAGGGGGUUGAAAAUCAGUAUGAGCCAUGGGUGGAUUUUGAGACAUCAGAAGUGAUGAUUCAUCCUAUGACAAACCGACCUGAACACAAACGUAGUUUUAUUCCGUCCAAGUGGGAACGACUUAAGGUAGGACAAAUGGUGCAUGCCUUGAAGAUGGGUUGGAUGAAACCAACCCUCAAAAAGAAAAGGGAUGGAGAGGAGGAUGAGGAGGAGGACGAUAAGUUCUAUAUGCUAUGGAGAGAUGAUGAGGAGAAUGAUAUCACAAGAAGGUACAGAUCUCAGAUUCAAGCCCCCAAGAUGCCUUUACCUGGACACAUUGAAUCCUAUAAUCCACCACCAGAGUAUCUGUUUACAGAAGAGGAGGAAGAAAAAUGGAGGAAACAGGAUCCAGAUGAACGAAGAAUCAAAUUCUUGCCUCAAAAGUUUGAGAGUUUACGGAAAGUUCCAGCUUAUCCCAGAUUUAUCAAUGAGAGAUUUGAACGAUGUCUCGAUUUGUAUCUUUGCCCCAGACAAAAGAAAGCAAAGAUGAAUAUCAACCCAGAGGACCUGAUACCUAAACUACCCAAACCAAAGGACCUACAGCCAUUCCCAACAACACAGGCAUUGGUAUACAUGGGUCACACCAGCAUUGUUAGAUGUAUCACAUUAGAUCCAAGUGGACAGUGGCUUGCCUCAGGCUCUGAUGACAAAACAAUAAAAUUCUGGGAGGUGAGCAGCGGUCGCUGUCUUAAAACACUGACUACAGAGGAUGUGGUGAAGAGUUUGGUUUGGAAUCCUAAUCCUACUAUAAAUCUGGUGGCUGCAGCAGUGAGCCAUUCAGUGUAUCUCAUAAACCCAGGUCUGGUCGACAAAUUGGUUGUAAAUAAUACAGACAGUAUGCUGGAGUCAUUUAAACCAGGAGAAGAUGCUGGAACAAGUAAGAAACCUCCUGUUAAUUGGAUAGAGAGUGAAGGAGAAGAUUAUGAGGCCGGAUAUAGGCUUAAGCUUUCACAUCCAAAGGAAUUGAACCAGGUGACAUGGCAUGCCAAGGGAGACUACUUUGCGUCUGUGAUGCCCAAAGGGGACAGCAAUGCAGUCAUGAUACACCAGUUGUCACGACGAAGGUCACAGAAUCCGUUCUCAAAAUCCAAGGGCCUGGUGCAAUGUGUCCUUUUCCAUCCACUCAGACCUUUCCUUUUCGUGGCUACCCAGCGAUACGUUCGUGUAUAUAACCUGCUAAAACAAGAACUUUCCAAAAAAUUGAUGACCAACAGUAAAUGGGUGUCCAGUAUGGCCGUACACACAGGAGGUGAUAAUUUGAUAAUUGGAAGCUAUGACUGCAGACUCUCAUGGUUUGAUUUGGAUCUAUCAACAAAACCUUACCAAACACUCAGACACCAUAAAAAGGCUCUGCGUCAAGUGUGUUACCAUAAGAAGUACCCUCUGUUCGCAUCGGGUUCAGAUGAUGGGACAGUUAUUGUCUGUCAUGGAAUGGUUUACAAUGACAUGUUACAGAAUCCUCUGCUUGUUCCUGUGAAGAUGUUGAAGGGACAUGGUGUAACUAACGGCCUUGGGGUGAUGGACUGUGUCUUCCACCCCAAACAGCCUUGGUUAUUCAGUGCAGGUUCUGACAGUACUAUCAGACUUUUCUCCUGAUUCUCCCGAUUCCACACAAUGUGAUAACAUAGACAUUUCUGAGGUUGUUGUCAUGGUAUACGGCAACUUGUCAAGGUCAUUACAAAUGAUUGGACAUCUGAACAAGACAGUGGCCAUGUCAGGAUUAUUACUUCAUCAGUUCUUUAUUAGGUUACAGAAUCAGACACUGUACUGGGGUAGAACUAGGCACCUUACCAAGGACAGGAUUGGACAACUUCAGAGUUCAAGGUCAUUAAGAUAAAACCAGAAUGCAUUAUUCAGCGAGAAAUACUGCCACUAGUAUUGUGAAUGAAAAUUCAUACUCUUUUUUUUCUGGUGCAAUUGCUUCAAUGUAUGAUGUUUCUGAUGUAGGUGCUGAUACUCUUCAUAGGGGUAUCCAAAGGUUAAUAAUUUACUAUGAACUUUCCAAGAGAUGUUUAAUGUAUGAACUAGAGAUGUAUAGGAUUGGCUGUUCUUAGUGAUCUCACUAUAAACUGAAAUCUCUAGAUCAUGAGCCAAGGAUGAAAAAAAGUUAAAUAAAACUAAUUAACAAAUGACCAAACUGAAAAUAUUUUAGUGUUGAUUAUUAUAGAUGUUGAACAUCAUUGGUAUGUCAAAAUUCUUAGGACUAGUCAGACUGUUAGUACAAUUCUUUAUAAUUAACUUGUUAAUUGAGAAGUUAUUUACAAUUCACCGGGUAGAAAGGGUUUUGUUGCCCGUAAAUGUCAUUUUAUGUUCAGUAUUCAUUUGUUAUGAAAUGAAGAUAAAUGUAUAUAGACUCAGCUAGUGUUGGGUUUAUCUGCAUGCAUAAUCUUAAAUACAGACCUGUUACUGCCACUAAGUGAAUAUGUCUACCAGUAUCGGACUGCCAGUUAGUGAAUAUGUCUACCAGUAUCGGACUGCCAGUUAGUGAAUAUGUCUACCAGUAUCGGACUGCCAGUUAGUGAAUAUGUCUACCAGUAUCGGACUGCCAGUUAGUGAAUAUGUCUACCAGUAUCGGACUGCCAGUUAGUGAAUAUGUCUACCAGUAUCGGAUACAUCUAUGUAAAUUACUGGUAUAUUUUAACCAUGUUGGAAAUUAUUCUGCACAUUAAUUUGUUAUUUCAUUCUCAACUAUAUUUAUGUAAAGCAAUGGAUACCAAGAUGAUGCAGCUUUGUCAUGACAAACUGUCUAAAAAGCUGAUACUUAAUAAAAUGUUUAUAUGUAUAGAA